GGAGGCGACCCAACCCGAUGAAAUGCCCAGAGGAUAUGACGAUUUUCACACAAAUUCAACAACAAAAUCGUCUGUAUCAAUUUCUACAAGCCAUAAACGAAGAGUUUGAUGUAGAAAAACGUGAUAUCCUCAAAACAGAUCCCCUCCCCUCCGUGGAAGAGGCAUACGCCCAAAUCAGGAGGGAGGCUACCAGGAAAGGAAUAAUGAAGGGAGACGAUGGGCCUUCAUCGGGAGAUGUUCCCUCAGGUCUUGGCAGUGGGUUCGCAGCCACACGGGCUGGAUUGCGAUCGGAAAAGGAAGUAUUGUCAUCUCGCAUAAAUGAGGACAAAUCAAAAUUGAAAUGUACCUAUUGUGGUGGAACCAAGCACACCGCAGAAGGGUGCUUCAAAAGAAUCGGGUACCCAGAUUGGUGGCCUGACAGCCGAAAGAGGGGGAAAAAGCAGCCUGGGGUCGCUGGGGCAGUGGUGGGCAAUCAAGAGACCACCAGCACCACCGCCGUCCAAGCGUCUGAAAACUUCGCCGGAAUCGCCACGGGUAACGUCGAAGAAGAGAGCAGCGGCGUAAGAAGGAGAGGCGAAGAAGUUACGGGAUAUUCAGACGGGGAAGAUCAUUGGGCAUGGUUCUGAGCGUAAUGGCCUGUACUAUGUCGAGGAAUUUGAUCAUUACGGAACAGCUACGCUUGCUCAUGGGACAGUGGACAGGCAGGCAUGGUUGUGGCAUCGUCGUUUGGGACAUCCAUCUUGGGGGUAUCUCAAAAUUCUCUUUCCAAAAUUAUUCAAUAAAUC